GUCGUGACAGCGAACAAGAAUAAGUUCAAAUAAAAGACAUACGUUAAAUAAAUGGUUACAAAUUAAAAAGUGAAUUCUUCUAUUCAGAUUUUCGCUGAAAAUGGAAGUAGAUUUUACCAAGGCUAUACAGAUGCUUUUAUUAAAGAAAGAACAAGAAUAUGGCCAAUUGAAAUUUAUUUCCUCUCAAGCUACAGAAGAAACUUCAUGUUUCAUCGAAGAAUUGUUAGAAACUAUUAAAGAAAUGUUUAAAGAACGCCAAUUCUAUGACAUCAAGUUAUUUGCUGAAGAAUACAGUUCCCAAGAAUGCAGCGUUUCAUCAGAAAUCAUUCAAUGUUACAAGUAUUUUCUAUUAAAUACUGAUUUUUCGUCGCAACAGUUUGUCAUAGAAGACACGUCGGUAGGUCAUUUAGUUUAUUACUGGCCUGCUCUAUCACCGUACCUUUUUAUACAGAUUAUAUGGCGCUUGAAAUGGGAAGAAUUAUUAAUUGAAUCACUCCUAUAUAUACCGUUGGACUUAUGUAUUGAAAUUCUGGAUAUAGCAAUCAGAUGUAUAAGCGAUCUUGAAGUUCAACAAGCCAGACACAUUAUUUUCCUUUUGCUCUCCAAACUAUAUUACAAAUGUUUGUAUCUACAUGUAGGUACAUUAUCGAGAGAUAACAUGGAAGAACUUGCUUUUCAAUUAGUGGCACAUUUUCAAGCAUUGUUAGAUUUACUCAGCUCCAAAUUUCAUCCUUUUAAAUCGUGUGUUAGACAUGAAAAGUACAUGCAACAUGGCAUUUUCAUAAAACAAAUAUUUCGGCAUAUAAAGAGAUGCAUGCACAACAAGACCAAGAAUUACUUAACAAACCAUCGUUUAGAAAUGCAGUUUAAAAUCACAUAUGGUAAUUCUCAUUCUAUAGAUUAUUUUCAAUACCUUUCUGUUGAUAAAGUACAGUCUAUCGUAGCAAGAUUGGAUCAGGAAUUGAUUACCUUGCUUCUAAAUGAGAUUAAACGAAUUGAUUGUUUUGAGUUCAUGGAUUGGGCAGAAGUCGAUGAUGAAGAAAAUCUUAUGAUAUCACUACAGCGUGCCAUCAUUAUCGAGGGUCAUUACUUUAUGGAGUUUAUGAAGCAAGAUGAUUUUUUAGUAACUAACAAAGAUUUAUUUCAAUGCCUACAACAACUUGUAGGUUCGACAAACUUUGAGGAGUCCACAUUAACACUUCAAGAAAUCUGUCAUAACAUUGCCAACGGCAAACUUGAUGAUAUAUGGAAAUUGAUGAAACGUUACAAAGAAUGGGAUGACUCUGUAUUAAACUUUCUCCAUGAAAAAAUAAAAUUGUUGGAGAAGAAACAUCUUUUAGUUCUACUCGAAUAUCUUCAUCAUAGAUUUGCACAUUGCAACGAUAAAAAUAAGCAACUUUAUCUAUUAAUAUUGACAAUAUUAAUACAGCAACCAAAGAUAGAGGAUAUGUAUUAUGCUAUAAUGUAUUAUGUGGUGCGACAUUUUGAAGACAAUCCUUUAAUGUCUCUGUUCAGUCAUGAUCUCUUCAUGGAUUUUAUAAAAAGCGAUAUAGACAUGCGUGAUUAUAAAAAAUUACGUAUCAUUCUUAUUUUUGUUAUGUUGAAUCCACAGACAGUAUUAACCACUCUGGUAACAGUUGCACUAGGUAGUACCAAACCAGAGUUCCAAAAUGUUAUGUUCAAAAGGCCUCAUGUAUAUUUUCUACAUGCUAUUUUUUGUCAGAAGUUGAAGAAUCAACACACUAUCUUGACAUAUAUUCUGAAGAAUUUUUGUUUGCAUGAUAACGAUACAUGGGGUUACAAGCAGUUUGAAGCCUUUAUGGAUGACAUAUUAUAUUUUGAGACAAUAUCUCCGGACAAUCUAUUAAACAACGUCUAUAUCCCAUAUCUGGCCAAUAGUAAUAAUUUUUAUGCUACAAACUUAAUCUGUAUACUGACGCAUAUACACUCGAUCUUGAAAAAAGGAAUCUGCACACAGAAAACUGAUUAUGCUCUUCUUAUCAUAAACUUAACUAAGAAAAUGUCAUAUGUACGGGUUUGUCAUCCGCUGAAAUUAAAGAGCAUUGUAAAUAAUGUGUUGGCUCAUGGAAUGAUGAUAUUGAAUGAUUUAUUAGCCAUGCCGAAUCUAUUAUCGCCAGAUAAAAAAUAUGAGAUAUUCAAUAUGAUUCGUAUUGUGGAACCGAUCGAUCGAGUACGACUGGCACCUUUAUCACUGAUGUUCAAUUAUGGCAAUGUAGUAGAUGUGAUUCAGAACUAUGAAAAACGUUGCUUCAGCAUGUAUAAAGAAUUGCGUAUGAAUUCGCAAUACAGUGACAAAAUACGCGAUUACGUACAUUCUUUUCAAAUUGAUCAGGAUGCUUUAAUACGUCAUAUGUUGCUGCAUGCCACCGAGGAGGAGUACAAAAACUUUGCUAUUGAGAUGACAACAGCAUUUUGGUCCUAUUUUGGCUGGGAUAACGAACUGGUGGCUUAUGACAAUGUAUUAACCAUCACCGCUGAAGCAAUGCAACUCGCCUUAAAAUUCACAGAAGUCUUUUCCAAAGAUACAUUUGUUUCAUUAUUGCGUGCUAUGGUACACUAUUGCAAUAUGUUGACACGUAUCGAAUCUAUGUAUAUAAAUGAGCCAUUCAUCCGUCUUAAUCUUUUAAAGAUUCUAUAUUCUCUGAACGAUAUAAUUAUCGAGACGCAACAUGAUAAAGUAGUUUAUAACUAUUUACUUACGUAUAUGUACAAUAUAAUCUACACAGAUUGAAAUUAUUUUUGCAAAUUCAACGAAUUGAUUGAGAUGUAUCUCGUUCGACAUGAUGAAUCGACACCUUUGGAAUUCGAAAGUUCUAUUUUACAUAAAAUGAUCCCAGAAAGUGAGAAUUGGCCUUGCUUUACUCAUAAUCAAGAUCAGAGAAACAAUAUGUUGAAGGCAUACAAAUUUGUGUGCAUGUGUAUUAAUGAGAGCAUAUUUGAAGACCAUAUAUGACAUGAUAUAAGAAUAAUUUAUAGAUGAUGGACAAAUUCCAUAUCUUGGAGGAAAAUCACAACCAUAGAAAAAAAUUCGAAUAUAUUGUCUCUUCUGAGACAGGUAUUCAAAUAUUUU